AGGUGGGAUCAAAAAAUCUGAACUCCUGAAUAUGACUGACGCUGCCUGGCGAAGUGGAGUUUUAUUUUUUACCCGAAAUGCAACGAAAACAGGCGAACAUAUCACACAAACCUUCGUUCCUGUUACAUUUUAAUGGCGUUUAACUGUUUGCGUUCGGGUAGUGACCGCGAGUUAGCUUUGAGUGAAGUUUUUUUUCCUCCGACAGAAGGAGUUCCCGGUCGGUUCGUUUGGAUUUAACUCCAUCAACUCUCGGAUGGACGACCACGAAAUCCAGGAGGAUGGGAUUUUUGUCCAGCUCGACUAAGGAGCACCCAGUAGGGAAGAAGUGAGACCGCGAAAGAGUUAACAAGGAGAUUAACAAUACUAGUGGCUUUGAACCGAAGUUAUGAAAAUGACCGGAGCCAUGGAAACUACUUUUAAAGUGGCUUUAAAGAAGCCGCCCUCCCUCCGGACGGCAGAGGACCUACACAUCAUCUAUUGCCACCUCUACCACAUGGAUGUGCUCUCACACCUUAGGGAACACCAGUUAAGGUCGAUGUGCACCUCUGCCAGAUAUGAGCGAUAUGAAGCUAACCACAUCCUGUUUUAUCCAGACAGUCUUGCUACCUGUUGGUACGUUCUGCUCUCUGGAUCCGUCUUUGUCAAAGAACACAUGUACCUGGCCAGGUGUUGUUUUGGGAAGCAGCUGGGGGGCAGGCGAGGCUGUGAAUGCAUCACUUUGGAGCCAUCAGAAAUGAUUGUGGUGGAUAACGGCACCGAGGGGGACGAUAGCUUCCUGCAGAGAGACGGGUCCCAACGGCGGUCAAGGCGGCGCUUUAGGAGGGUAAACCCUAAAGGAGAGCGGGAACUUAUCACUGAUGGCCAAGAACCCGCCAGCUACAGCAACACGCUUCCUGCCGAUCUCAACAAGAUGCACCUAACGGACCACGCCCACCAGCAGGUGAUGCACAUGGCCCCCAGCCAAUCAGGAUGCAGCAUAACCAGCGACUCAGGGAGUAGCAGCUUGUCAGACAUUUACCAGGCCACAGAGAGUGACUUAGGAGAUGUAGACCUGUCAGGACUUCCAGAGGCUCCAGUGGACAGUGAGGAAGAAGAGGAGGAAGAUGAGGACUUGGAGAGAGCUUCAGACACUCUCUUGGGCCGGGACCUGGUCAGGGAGUGUCUGGAAAAGGAUCCAGUCGACCGUAACGAUGACGACAUUGAACAACUGCUGGAGUUUAUGCAUCAGCUGCCUGCAUUCGCCAACAUGACCAUGUCUGUGCGGCGGGAACUUUGCAGCGUUAUGGUGUUUGAGGUGGUGGAGCAGUCCGGCACAAUCAUCCUGCACAACAAGCAGGAGCUCGACCACUGGUAUGUGAUCCUGAAUGGAGCUGUGGAGAUCAGCCAUCCAGAAGCCAGAACCGAGACUCUGUGUAUGGGGAACAGUUUCGGCAUCUCACCCUCGUUGGAUAAACAGUACAUGAACGGAGAGGUUCGCACCAAAGGAGAUGACUGUCAGUUCGUCUGCAUCGCUCAGGAAGACUACUGGCGCAUCCUCAACCAUGUGGAGAAGAAUACGCACAAGGUUGAAGAGGAGGGGGAGAUCGUAAUGGUGAAGGAGCACCGCGAACUGGACCGCAGUGGCACCAGGAAAGGACACAUAGUCAUCAAGGGCACCCCAGAGCGUCUGAUCAUGCACCUGGUAGAGGAACCAUCAGUGGUAGACCCCACCUACAUUGAGGACUUCCUGCUUACCUACAGGACCUUCCUCUCAAGUCCCAUGGACGUUGGCAGGAAACUGCUGGAGUGGUUCCAGGUGGACAGCCUCCGGGACACGGUAACAAGAAUCGUCCUGUUGUGGGUCAACAACCACUUUAAUGACUUUGAGGGUGACGCCGCCAUGACACGCUUUCUUGAGGAAUUUGAGAAACAUCUAGAAACAUCGAAAAUGAAGGGCCAUCUGCGGCUGCUGAACAUUGCAUGCGCCGCCAAGGCAAAGUGGAGACAGAUCACUCUGCAGAAGGCGUCCAGGGAGUCGCAGCUUCAUUUCAGUGUGCAAGGAGGAAGCGAGAGAGGAUUUGGUGUCUUUGUGGAGUCUGUAGAAGAAGGAAGCAAAGCAGCAGAGGCUGGACUCAAGCGAGGGGAUCAGAUCAUGGAGGUUAAUGGUCAGAAUUUUGAGAACAUCGCCUUAUCCAAAGCAGUGGACAUCCUUAAGCAUAACACACACCUCUCCCUCACUGUGAAAACAAACAUCUUUGUGUUCAAAGAGCUCCUCAGCAGGAUUGUGCAUGAAAAGAAGAAUGGCGGCCCUCACAUUCCUAAGAUCCAGGAGAAAAAAGGCAAUCGUUUCUCCAUCGCUGAUCUUCCUGGAGAUAUUGAGUUCCCCACGGACAGCAAGAGCACACGCAAGAUGAAAGCUAACACCGUGUCAGGGGGACGAAACAGGAUCAGGAAGAUGCUAGAAAAGACACGCUUCAGUAUACUGCCACCCAAACCAUUCAGGGGCCUGUUUGGUGAUGGAGGCCUGGUUCAGUCCCAGGAUGACAGCAUUGUGGGAACCAAACAGUGUCGUCACAGCGUAGCCAUCAUGCCCAUUCCUGGAAACCUGUCGUCAAGCAGCCCUGACCUGCUGCAGCCGGCGAACAGCGUACUGGACUUCUCCAACCCCGCGGCUCUUGGACUCUACUACAUCCCAGACCAGGUCAUCCGGGUGUUCAAGGCAGACCAGCAGAGCUGCUACAUCAUCAUCAGCAAGGACACUACUGCCAAGGACGUUGUCGCCCAUACUGUCAAUGAGUUUGGCCUCCUGGCAGCGCCUGAAACCUACUCCCUCUGCGAGGUGUCAGUCAGCCCAGAGGGAGUCAUCAAGCAGCGGCGGCUUCCCGACCAGCUCUCCAAACUGGCUGAUCGGAUUCAGCUGAACGGCAGAUACUACCUGAAGAACAACAUGGAGACGGAGACGUUGUGUUCAGAUGAAGACGCCCAGGAUCUCCUCAGGGAGAGUCAGAUCUCUCUGCUGCAGCUCAGCACCAUGGAGGUCGCUGCCCAGCUUUCCAUGAGAGACUUUGAACUUUUCAGAAACAUCGAGUCCACAGAGUAUGUGGAGGAUCUGUUCAAACUAGACUCAUCUGCUGGAUGUACAAAUCUAAAACAGUUUGAAGAGGUGAUGAAUCAGGAGACAUUUUGGGUGGCUUCUGAGAUCCUCAAGGAGCCCAACACCCUUAAGAGGAUGAAGACCAUCAAGCAUUUUAUCAAGAUCGCGCUGCACUGCAGGGAGUGCAAGAACUUCAACUCCAUGUUUGCUAUAAUCAGCGGGCUGAACUUGGCACCAGUGGCUCGGCUGCGGAGCUCAUGGGAGAAAUUGCCCAGUAAGUACGAGAAGCUGUUCGAGGACCUUCAAGACGUCUUUGACCCGUCCAGGAACAUGGCCAAGUACCGUAAUGUCCUGAGCAGCCAAAGCAUGCAGCCCCCCAUCAUCCCACUGUUUCCUGUGGUCAAGAAGGACCUCACUUUCUUACAUGAAGGCAACGACUCCAGCGUUGACGGUCUGGUGAACUUUGAGAAGCUAAGAAUGAUCGCAAAGGAGAUCAGACAUGUGGUGCGCAUGACCUCAGCCAACAUGGAUCCCGCCCUGAUGUUCAGGCAGAGGAAGAAGAGGUGGAAGAGUUUAGGGUCUUUAAGUCAGGGCAGCACCAACUCCAACAUCCUGGAUGUGCAGGGAGGAGCCCACAAGAAGCGGGUGCGCCGCAGCUCGCUCCUGAAUGCCAAAAAGCUUUACGAAGACGCUCAGAUGGCCAGGAAGGUGAAACAGUACCUUUCUAACCUCACGGUGGAGACGGAUGAGGAUAAACACCAAAUCAUGUCCCUGCAGUGUGAGCCAUCUUACAACACCUUGGGCAAAAACUUGAGCGAGAGGCGGUCCAACAAGUCAGACAUGUCUCCGGUGUCCCUUAGGGCAACCCUGCCCUCGGGAAAAACUCAAAACAGGGUGUCACAAGUCCUUCAGGUCCAGGUGCCACUAAACCCUCUUCGGAAGAAGAGCACUGCCAAAGACACGGGUGCAUCCAACUCCAAUUCUCCUCAGGUGGUGAAGAAACCUGCGGUGAACUCUUCAGAUGAGUGGAACACCAAGAGACCAUCUGAUGACACGGUUUCCACCGUCUCAUCCCUUCACUCCAGCCCUACAGUGUCGCCUCAGGGCUCCCCACGCAAAGUGGGAGGUGUGGCAAAGUCGCAGAACUCCAGCCAGAUGAACCUUUCAGGAUCUUCGUCAUCACUGACAAGUGACACCAGCACAAAGACGGGCACGAUUAGUCUGCGAAGCUACGGCAUAGGUUGUCCCCUCCUUCCAAUGGGCAAGUCGGACAACAUGUCGGACUCUAGUCACAGCGAGAUCUCCUCCCGCUCCAGCAUCUGCUCGGUCGACUCGGCGCAGGCCUCUGGGCCUGACGAUCGCUCUAACCGGACCUGUUCCAAUACUACUACUUCAGCCACUCUGGCUCCAAACGCUACGGCUGCAACGGCGGCUGUGGUCGCUGAGGGCACAGCGGCAUUAAAUGCACACUUAACUGCUGAUUACAGCCAGCCCAGCACAAGUUCUUCAGUUUUGGCUCGAGGAUUUGCAGGCCGACCUUUCAGCUCGUCUCUCUCCACGGAGGAGUUGACCCCUGACCACACUUCCCUGGACUUGGCCGUGGACAGCGGACGCGGCAGCUGGACGUCCUGCUCCUCUAACUCCCAUGAAUCCUUCCAAAUACUCCCUACCUCCUCCUGUCGGCCCUGGGACCACGGCAUCCACGGUUACCCCCUCUCCCUGCCACACGCGCACUUGAGUGGAUUCAAGCACACGGCGUUAGGUCGGCCGAUAGCUGAGGCGGAGGCCGCCGGGCCCUCAUGGGCUAACGACAUCCCUGCUAACCGACACACCAGAGACUCGAGCUCCGAUCUGAGCAGGCAGGGACAUGAGAGCUGGACGUCUUCGGGCUCUCUGUCCGAUAACUACGAGGGAAACUACGGAACUAUAAAGCGGAGAAACACUUCGGAGCAUCCUUCCUCGCCGGUCACCGAGGAAGGAGGGCAAAGCACGGACGCUUCCUACAAAACGGUGACAUCAAGCACAGAGAAGGGCCUGAUAGUAUACUGUGUCACCUCCCCCACUAAGGAUGAGCGUUACCGUGCUCCCCCUCCCACCCCUCCAGGCUACCAGGGUCUGGCUUUAGGCGAUCUGGGGCUCACAGACGGAGUAGUCAGCGGGCCGGGCUCUUCUGCUCCCCGACCUCCUCACCUCAAACCACCGGACUACAGCGUGGCCCUGCAGAGAAGCAAGCUCCUGCAGAGCCCCGGAGCGGCCAGUGGUCUGGCUGAGGUGCGGAGGCUUCACCACCAAGAGUCCCGAACAUCCAGCUCCACGCAGGGCAAGUCCAGACCUCCCAGCAUAGGCCACCGAUCACAGGACCUGGCUGAUAGUGAGGAUGAUGAACAAGUGUCAGCAGUGUGACGUUGCAUCUUUGGCGCUGAUUAAGUGACCACGUUGAUCAGACAUGGGACUGAACUUAAGACCUGGUCAUCAUCGUCAGAGCACAUUAUCAGACUCCGCCCACAAUCCAAAUGGGUCAUGUGAUCGCUCUCCUCCACUUGGGACUCAAACCUUUAUGGACCCGUUUCUCAGAUUUUAGAGACUUUUUAAAGAAACUUUUUAACGAAGCUGAAAGAGCCGACAGGAUGGGAUCAAAUCACAUAGCAGGAGACAAGACUUUUUAUAAGAGUGACGAUAUUUAUGCUCUCGCUGGAAAAACAGACCACCACGUACCUCCAUUCGCUCUCCAAGCUCACUCAUCUGCACAUGUUUUAUGUUCUUAGCUGGUUUGCUUUAAUGUGCGUUUAACGUUUUUUGUUUCAGUUGGAUUUCUUAUCUUGCAAAUGUGAGCUGUUUGGACUUUUUCUUCAGAUGACUUUUAAGGAAAUUUGAAUGUAAAUCAUGAUCUGGGGUGGAAGAAAGAAAAAUAGAUGUUUAGAUCUUUAGAUUUCUAAUAGUUAAAAAAAGCACUGAUGAAUUUUUGAGGCAAAUAUAUAAAAAUUCAAAUUCACAGUAAAGCUCUUCACUAUAUUGUUCAGGCGGUGGGGGAAAAGCACUCCCUACCAAAGCUUCAGAAAACACACAUGUCUGUGUUUAGCACUUAGUUUUAUUUGCCUCACUUGUCAAAAAAUAAUCUAUUUAACCCUUUUCCUGUACCUUUGGGUGACCUUCACCCGGCCACCUCUUCUAUUGCUCUCUCUGUCUGCCUUGUGAGGUUCCUCAGCGACCUGCUGCCUCCUGCACAUGCCAUUAAACCUGUAUUAUAACUGGUUUUUAAUGAGCUGAAGAACAAAUGCCUCGCUGCUUCCCGUAGAGUAAAACGCACGCGUCCAUUUAAUUGCAGCAGCUGUGAUGAAACAAUAAAUUAGCGCCGCGUGGCACCGCGGCGUGCAUGCGCUCCGACUUGCACUCACACCAAAAAAUUAAAAGGAAAGUGUUUACUUCUAGGCUUACAUGUUUUGUUUACAGUGUUUACUAGGCCGGUUGUCUGUGGAAUUACGAGCUGCAGAGCGGAUCACUCCAGGUUUAGCUGUAAAUUUGUUUAUAACGCAGCAGGAUUAUGCUGACGCAGCAUUAUUUUGUGCUCAUGGUGUACCUCGCUCAUCCUGCUUCUCAUCCAGAGGAGGGGGCAAACAGGAGGGAAAAAAAGCCUAAUUUCUCUCAAUUCAUGUUGAUAAUUCUCGUGUGUUUUGUAAAAUAUUUAAAGAACACUUCUGAUUAUUUUGUUUUUUCUUGUAUUGAAAGCAGCAGCUGAUUUGUACAGUGAGAUUAAAAAUCCUAGUUUUUUUCGGGGGGGGACAAAGAAGGUAUAACUGGACUUGUUCUUUUCCUCCCUCUGCCUGUCUUCUGUUUGCUCCUUAUUUUGCCACACAAAGACUUGAAAUGAUCAAUGCUAAUAUAUAUAUAUAUAUAUAUAUAAAUAUAUAGAUAGAGAUACUGAAACAGCAGAUAUAUAAAUCUGUACAUAUAUAUUUUUGCUGUUCCUUUGCCAUAAUUUAAUGUAAACUGAAUCCUGUAUAAACAUGCGGAGAGGGUUCUCUAAAGAGGCUAUUUUUUAAAGUUGUCAAGGCUCUGCUGCGGCUUUAGGGGCAGGAAACCGUUUCGGUUCUUGUCCUUUUUUAUGACCCCUCCCCGCGUUUGAUGCUCCGUCUUCGCUGCCACUUCCAGUCUUUGAGUGUAAUUGCUGCUGAGUUUCAGGAGGAUGUAGCAGAGUGUGUGAGCGUGUAUUCAUGCGAUGUAUUUGGGAGGCUGGGAUCAAAAUAGGUUUUCCUUUUUUUUCUUUUUCAGUCUCUGGGUGCUGCACUGCUCGCACAUUAUUUCCGACACGAAACUUCUGUAGCCUGCAGUUUUGCUUUGACGGCUGCUGCCUACAUGAUGGCUGGCCCCUUUCUGGUCCCUUGCCAUAGGUUUCAUUAAACAAGGCGAGUUCAGGCAAACUCCGACACUGAAAAGAGAGUUUUUGAUGCCAGUAUAUCCCCGCCUGUUUGAACUGAACUGACAAAGCCUCUCCUUUAUUCCCCGUUUCCCCUCCUCCGAUCUGUUUUACACCCCCUUAUCUUAAGCUUGGCAUAAAACUUUUAACCUGUAUUAUCUCUGCUUGCCUUAUCAUGCAUUUCCCCUCAAUGCAAGUUUUUCUGAAUUGUAAGUCUGUAUUAAGGCCUUCACCUCACCCUACCCUUCUUUUUUCC